GCCAGCUACGCCCUCGCCGCUGCCUCCUCCUCCUCCUCCUCCUCGCAGAAGAGCGUGCUUCGCCAUGGCUUUCGCGACCCGUCCCUUCGUGCGCCUAGCUUCCACCGCAGCCGCCAAGAAGCUGCUGAUCAAGCAUGUGACGGUGAUCGGAGCCGGCCUGAUGGGCUCCGGGAUCGCCCAGGCUGGUGCAGAAUUUGUUGAGAAGACUUUAAAGAAUAUAACCGUGAACACGGAUCCGGUCUCUGUGGUCCACAGCACUGACCUUGUAGUAGAGGCCAUUUUGGAACACUUAGCCCCAAAAACUGAGCUCUUCAAGACACUGGAUAAGUUUGCAUCAGAGAUACUCCUGGCUUCGUUGUGAAUCGACUUCUUGUGCCUUACCUGAUGGAAGCAGUUCGGCUUUUUGAGAGGGGAGAUGCAUCUAAGGAAGAUAUUGACGUUGCCAUGAAACUUGGGGCAGGUUAUCCUAUGGGCCCAUUUGAACUCUUAGACUAUGUCGGCUUAGAUACCAGUAAAUUCAUUAUGGAUGGAUGGCAUUCAAUGGAACCGGACAAUCCUCUCUUUGCUCCAAGCCAACUUUUAAAUCAGUUGGUAGAGGAGAAGAAACUGGGAAAGAAGACUGGUGAAGGAUUUUACAAAUACAAAUGAAUUGUCCAAUGUGCCAUGUUUUUCUGACACACAUAAGGAAAGCUGCUGAGUAUUUCCCUACAGUAUUUGUAAUAUUGCUCAAUAAGAGCCAUACAAACCAAUCAACGCCGUAUCUUGAUUAUAAAGCAAUUUAUGAGCAAUUUAUUUCCACAAUGUGGUCUUAUAUAUUUUAAAUCACUGGGAUUUAUUGGGAGCUUUACAUAUUGAAGUGCCUUUUUUGAAACUACCAUGGAUCUAAAUACAGCUCAGGUUUAGAAUCCUCCAUCCAACUAGUAGAAAUUUUAAUAUGAAUAAAAUACUUCAAAUGUA